GUAACAAUGGCGGACUUCGGUGAGGUCGGUAUUGGUGAUUUUGUGCUUUUAGAGGAUAUUACACUAGAUGCUUUUAUGAAAAACUUAAAAAUACGAUAUAAUGCUGGAUAUAUUUAUACAUAUAUUGGAGAAGUAUGUGUUUCUGUAAAUCCAUAUAGGACUAUGAAUAUUUAUGGCCAGGACUAUGUAAAUAACUAUCAAGGACGCGAAAUCUUUGAGCGACCACCCCACAUAUUUGCUAUUGCAGAUGCUGCGUAUAAGUCCAUGAAACGUAAUGCUGUUGACACCUGUAUCGUAAUAUCAGGUGAAAGUGGAGCUGGUAAGACAGAAGCCUCAAAAAUAAUAAUGAGGUAUCUAGCUGCCAUAACUAACACAAGUGGACAAAAGGAAAUUGAAAGGGUUAAAAAUAUUUUGCUACAGUCUAAUUGUGUAUUAGAAGCUUUUGGAAAUGCGAAGACAAAUAGAAAUGAUAAUUCUAGUCGUUUUGGUAAAUAUAUGGACAUUAAUUUUGAUUUCAAAGGUGAUCCGUUUGGUGGACAUAUAAGCAACUACUUACUAGAAAAAUCCCGAGUUGUUGCUCAACAGAAAGGUGAAAGGAAUUUUCAUUCCUUUUACCAACUUUUGUAUGGAACUCCAGAAUCUUUGUUAUCAAAAUAUGGCAUCAAAAGAGAUCCUUUAUCGUAUCACUACACACGACAAGGAGGUAGUCCAAAGGUGGAUUCCAUAAAUGACAAGACAGACCAUAAGAAUGUUUGUAAUGCUUUGAAAAUUUUAGGCUUUCAUCAACAACAGUCUGAAACUUUAUGGAGGAUACUUGCAGCUAUUCUUCAGUUAGGAAAUGUCGAAUUUGAUAGUGAAAAUGAUUUCACGUAUGUGAAAGAUCAGAAUUUGCUGACUUCAGUAGCACAGUGCUUGGGUGUAUCACAUGAUCAUCUUGAAAAAGCUUUGUGCCAGCGUGUCAUUGCUGCCAGAGGUGAAGUUAUGGAGAAAGUUCAUACUGUAUCAGAAGCAGUUUAUGGCAGGGAUGCUUUUGCUAAGGCUAUCUAUGACAGAUUAUUUUCCUUUAUUGUGUCACGUAUCAAUGAAUCCAUUGAAGUAGAGACCAAUGGUCACAGCUUGAAAAAGAACAAUACAGUGAUGGGUGUUUUAGACAUAUAUGGAUUUGAAAUAUUUGAAACUAACAGUUUUGAACAGUUUUGCAUCAACUAUUGCAAUGAAAAGCUACAGCAGUUGUUUAUUGAACUUGUUCUAAAGCAAGAGCAAGAAGAGUAUCGAAGGGAAGGAAUCACUUGGCAGAAUGUAGAGUAUUUUAAUAAUGCUGUCAUCUGCACUUUAAUGGAUGAACCACAUAAAGGGAUAUUUGCAAUAGCUGAUGAGGCAUGUCUGAGUGUUGGAAAAAUUACAGAUGAGAUGUUACUGGAUGCAAUGGAUAUUAAGCUUGCUGCUCAUAAGCAUUAUACAAGCCGUAAGAUUGCACCCACUGAUAAAAGUUUAGAGCACAGAAAAGAUUUUAGAAUCAAGCAUUAUGCUGGUGAUGUUACAUAUUCUAUUGUUGGAUUUAUGGAUAAAAAUAUGGAUUCUUUGUAUCAAGAUUUCAAAAGACUUAUGUUUUGCAGUGCUGAUCCUGUGAUUUCCCAGAUGUGGCCUGAUGGAGAUCAAGACAUCACGCAAGUAACGAAACGGCCUUUGACAGCUGGUACCUUGUUUAAAAACUCUAUGAUUGCACUUGUAAAGAAUUUGGGGACAAAAGAACCAUAUUAUGUCCGCUGUAUAAAACCAAAUGAUCAGAAAUCUGCUGUUUUUUUUGAUGACACCAUGGUCGAGCAUCAAGUAUCUUAUCUUGGUCUGUUGGAAAAUGUUCGAGUGAGACGUGCCGGCUUUGCAUACAGGCAAACUUAUAAUCGUUUCUUGCGCAGGUAUAAAAUGAUCUCAAAGUACACUUGGCCAAAUUUCCGAGGAGGAUCAGAAAAAGAUGGCUGUAGGGUGCUAAUAGAUGAACAAGGAUUUUCUGAUGAUGUUAAAUAUGGUGCAACAAAAAUAUUUAUUCAGUCUCCUCAGACCAUUUCACAGUUAGAAUAUGCAAGACUUGAACUAAUCCCUGGCAUUGUUGUCUUCUUACAAAAAAUGUGGAGAGGUGCUAUUGCCAGGUUAAGGUACAAAAAGAUGCUUGCUGCUUUGGCCAUAAUACGGUUUUAUCGACAGCAAAAACUAAGGCAGUAUAUUGAAAGUGUGCAGUAUGCUUUCAGAAAUGUUAAGUCAACGAAAGAUCAUGGAAAACAAGUUAUAUGGCCACCAGUACCAUUUAUGCUUCAUGAUGUAUCAUCUGCUCUGCAUAAAAUCCAUUCAAGAUGGCGUGCAUAUAUGAUACUGAGGAAAAUUCCACGGGAACAGUGGGCAGAACUUAACUUAAAAGUGACGGCUGCUGAAGUGCUGAAAGGAAGACGUCAAGAUUGGGGAUUUCAUAGGAAGUGGGAAGGAAAUUAUUUAGCUUCUACUUCUGAGAACGAGAAUACUGCAGCAUUUGUUUCAUCUAUUGGGAAUUUAAGAUUCAAAGAUCAUUUCCAACGAGUGCUCUUCUCUAGUUACAUAAAAAAAGUUAACAAGCAUAAUAAAUGUGCAGAAAGAGCAAUUGUUGUUACAGAUCGAUUUAUUUACAAGCUUGAUAGCAAAAGGUUUAAGCCUCUUCGGUCAGCAAUUCCAAUAACAGAUUUAACAGGUGUUAGUGUGACUCCUGGUCCAGAUCAAAUGAUCAUACUUCAUCUGCGCGGAGGCAAUGAUUUAGUUACUGCCUUAACAUCUCAUCAUGAAGAAGAUAGAGUAGGAGAGCUUGUAGGAAUUAUUGUUCAUCAGUGGCAUAGCUUACAAGGGAAAGACUUAAGAGUAAUUGUGAAUCCACAGUUGCAGUGCAUGUUGGGAAACAAAAGCAGAACGCUUGCAGUUGAAUCUACUAAUAUAACAAUUCAUCCAGCUUUUAAAAAGGACGGUCAAAAUCUGGUUUUGCUAUGGCCAACUUGUAGUGCAUAAUCUUCCUUAAUUGUGUAUUUGUUAUUCACUGUUCAUUAUAUAUUAAAAUUUUUAUGAACUUUCACAUUUUCACAAGAAUAUUUUUCUGAAGAAAAGAAAAAAGUAGUAUUUUUUACUUUCAUGUCGGAUAGUGUGUGCUGUAACACAUACUAUGAUUGAUUGGAUUAACUAAAUAUUAAUGAUAAUUCUUCAACAUUCUCAACAACAAACUUUCAACAUUCUUCAACAUUUACUGUAUAUAUGCCAGUUGGUUUUUGUUUUCAUUUCUUGAAAGUCUGUCUUGUGUUUCAAAUGUGUGCCUUCUAAGGGUCCAAAAGUUAUUUGUAUAUCAAGUGAUACAUGAGAUUUUCAUAUUUAAAACUUAAUUCAGAUUUGCCUUCAAGAUUUUGUAUGUUUGUAGUAAAGUUAAAAUAAUCUGAAAUAGAUAACACAAGAAGAAAAAUUUUAUUUUUAUGUAAUUGGAUUUUAAAGUGUGAUUAUUCAUAAUUUCGUCCUUUAAUUGUUGCAAUACUUUUCUUCCAAUUAUGUAAACUGUACUUUUGGUUAAAUUUCUAAUUUGCUUAUAUGUACAUUUAAAUUUGUAUAUUUUGUUUUCAAUGUUUGUGCCAAAACAAGUUUUCAAAUCUUUCAUGUUUGAAAAAUUGGAUUUCUUUCUAAUAGCUUAUGCUAUGAAAUAAAUUUGUAAAUGUCAAAAGUUUCACUUUUUAUCCAUUUAUUAUGCAUUUUCAUGCAGUAAUAAUAACUUUUAUAUUAUUUAUUAAAAUGUUUGUAUUUAAAAACUAUUCUUUUUAUAAUAUAAUAAUAAGGAAUGCCAGUCUUCUUUUAAUACUAUAAAAAAUUAAAACAAAUUUUUCUGAGAAAUUAAUGACUGCAUUAAAUACUUUAACAUUUCAAGUAUGUGCAUAAAAUCUGACACAGCUUUUUUAUAAUUCAUGGUAGUUAUCAAUAGAAUAUUCAUUGUAUCAUUUUGGAAAAGUAGAAUUUAUACAUAUCUAAUUGAGUAUUACACUGAAAUCAUUAAUUCCUUUUUAUAUUAUUCCAUAUUUAUAUUAAUCUAAUUUAAUAGAUACACAACAGGAGAUUCAUCAUGUCAUUUUCACAAACUAGGAUUUAUGUACCUGUAUUGAGUAUUACCCUAAAAUCAUUAUUUCCUAUUAAUAUUAACCUAAUUUAAAUGUAAAUUAGAUCAGUAUUAUAAGGCAUUAUCUAGUUUUAUAGAACUAUUGUGGUUAUCUAGUUUUAUAGAACUAUAUUAUACUAUUUAUCUAUUAGAUUUAUAGAACUAUUGUGGACAGAAUCAUUAUAUGCAGUUGAAUUUAUUAAAAAUAUUUGAGAUAACCAAAGCCUGAAUUAAAAAUAGAAAUUCCUUUCUGUAUCAUGAAACAAAUCCUUAAAUUACCUAUUUGAAAUCCUGUGUUACACAGAAUUAGUUAUGUAAUAAUGUUGUUCACAUAAUAAUAUGUUAAUAAUCACAUAAUAUGUUCAUUAAUAGCAUUUUUAUUUAGAAAUAACUAUAGAUCACAUGCUUGUAUUUUUCACACGUUUAACAGCUUUCGCUUUAGUAGAUGUUUCACAUGCUAAUAGAUUAUAAUUUUUGCUAAAUGCAUUCAAAAACAAACAUAAUGUUUUCUCAAACACUUCAGAUGUAUGUAAAAUACUUAAUUUGUCUAUCACAAUAAUGAUAAGCAAUGAGAGAAAUCUUAUUUUCAUUAGAUUAUGUUGUUACGUAUUAUAUCAUUAAAAGCUUCAGUCACAUUUUGAUGAUUCUAAUUUAUUGAGAAUUCGUUUCAAUCAGAUAUGAAACUUUAAAAAAUUUUUUCUUAAGUAAUAGGUUUUAUUAUUAAAAUGUUACUUUAUUCAUGUCUUACAUUUUCAUCACCAGAAUCCUUCAAUAAAAUUAUCCUUUAAAGUUGAUUAGAAUGUAUAAUAAACUUAUUCUUCAAGAUCAACCCCAUUGAAGACAUCUCCCCCAUAAUUCAGUUAUUCUGGAGUUCAAAAGUUUACCAAAUUUGGCUUGCUAUUAUUUUCAUUCAUGUUAAAAAUUAACUAAGUAUAAGAUUUUGGGAUUUAAGAUAUAGAAAGUUUAAUAUUUCACCAAGUUUUUGAAAAUGACAGAAACUGUUUAAAUAUUCAUAUAAUUUUUAGUAACAAAAUUCGUUGUACAUAUAUGUUUGUAGAUAUUUUUGACUAUGGAUAUAGCAAUCAAAUGUUCAUAAACUUUUUAUUAUUGCUUUUGAAACUUAAAUAUUUAUAUUAUUUAAAGUGUAGUACUUAUAAGUUGUAUAUUUUUUAAGCAAAUGAAGUUUUAAUGUAGAAAUUGUGAUAUUUUGUUUCAGUAAAUUAUUUUUCUCUUGUGUAUUUAUAAAUUUCAUUUGUAAGAGAAAAUUCAUUUGAUGACUGAAUUUUUAGGAACUAGUCAUUUUGUUUUCUUUAGGACCAAAUAGCUUCAUGCUGUUGCAACUGCUAUACUUACUUGUAUUUUAAGUGUAAAGACUGAUUUAUUAUCUUCCUGUAAAGGUUGAAUUCAGUAUUUUAAGCUUUGCAUAUUAUAACUCACCAAAUUCAAUUCUUUUAAUAUUCAAACAUAAUUUCUUAAAUUUUUAUGUAUCAGUUUUUACAGCUAAAUACUACACAGUAGUUAUCUGUAAACUGCAUUGGUGUAAAAGUAUUUACACUGAUGCUACAGUUUUUAUGCAAUAAAUAUUUAAUCCUGGAAAAUAGCACAAAAUACUUUAAAUUAUAAAUAAUGCUAGUUCUCAUAUUUAAAUUUUACUUGCAGAUCUUGUUAUUUGAAAAUUUAAAAAAUAAGGAUUUUUACUUGGUAAUUGUGAUUUGGUUGAAUGGAGAAACUGAUAUUUUAAUUACUGUACUUCAAUGCUGUAGUAGCACAUAAUAAUACUAUACUAGUACAUAAAAAAAAUGAUGUAGCGUUAAUAGAAAAAAAUAUUUGAAGUGCCUUAUGUCAUCCUGAUAUUCCGAAUUUGUAAGUUAUUUCACAAAACAGCUAAAAUUGUUUUAACUAAAAAUGUAUGCUUUAAUUUUUAAAUAUUAUUUGUAUUUUGAUAUGGUAGAAUAUUGAAACAACUCUGCAUGGACUUUUCUUUUAAUGAAAAUCCAUAUAAAAGAAUUUGAACAAAUCAUCCUUUUGAAAUUAAUUCAAUUCAAUUCUUAAUUCAUAUACAUAAUUAAUUUAAUUCAUUUUUUAAGUUAGUUGGUGAAAUAUACCUAAUAUGCACAAAACUGUACCAUAAAUUCAUUGUAAAUAAUAAACUAAACAAUGUAUUUUUUGCUUUUAGAAAUCUAUUGCUUAUUGUUUUCAGAAAUUUUAAUAAAGAUAAUCAGCCAUA